CGAGUUCAGCUUCAUAGGCUUUUAAGCCUCUAAGGUUAGUUCCUUAGAGGUAAUAGGCUAGAAUUCCGGCGAGGGUCGUCGGUAAAUUCCAACUCCGGUUGCCGGGAAACCUGAAAAUGAUAUAACAGAAGUUACCAAGCCAAGCCAGGUGGGGUGAUUCUUUAAUGGCAAAGGGCCGGAAAGUCGGGUCGAGUAGUCGUCAGGAACGUUUACUGGAGACGUUUGGUUACGGUGGUGGAGGCCAUGAAAACGGUAACGGCACGGAUGUAUCGGAGCUAGUGGAAGAGGAUGUGUGGUCGAUGGUGGAUGACAUGGAAAACAUGGACUUGGCUGAUCAUCGAGAUGAUCACAGCCACAGGCACCCAUCACCACCCAUAGCCACCACCGCCAACGGGUGGAGCCGUAAUCGGCGGUGGAGUGGUAGUGGCCGUGGUAGAAGGGAGGAGCGCGCGGCGGUGGGUGGGCUUUCGAUGGCCUUCGUCGACGAUUCCGGCAGGGCACAGACAUCGAGGAGGAUCGUGCAUCAAUCCCGAGGAGGAGGAGGACAGGAUGGCUUGGCAUCGCACAGUGGCACUGGACACCACAUGGCUACGUCAGCGCCGGUGAACGUGCCGGAAUGGCCCAAGAUUCUCCGGGUUAACUCAGUAGAAUCGAUGCAUGACUCGGAUUACGGGUUGGACGAUGGUGACUCAGAGAGGGUUCCGCCACACGAGUACCUGGCUCGGGAGUAUGCCAGGACCCGAAAGAUGACCGCCACUUCCGUUCUGGAAGGAGUCGGUCGAACCCUUAAGGGCAGGGAUAUGAGCCGGGUUCGUGAUGCUGUCUGGAGUCAGACCGGGUUUGAUGGUUGAAUACUAUGAAUAAAAGUAUAAAACGAAUUAGUAGUGCUAUUUUAAUUCUUUCUUGGGCAAUGAUUCGGACCGGGUGAACCAAAAUCACUCUGGCAGCGGUUGAGCCUGAGCAGGACUAUGCCUACUUCUCUCUACUUCACAUAUAUAGUCUCUUCCCUGCUUCUCCUUCUUCUCCUCUUUCUUUCUCUCUCUUGUCUGUCUAUUGGUGGUUGGAGGUGUUGAAAACUACAAAUUGUAUUUAAUCCAUUUUAUGUUUGCUAGGGUUAAUGUUAAGCAAUUCUUGUUCCUUUAAUGUAAUCAAAUUUAGGAAUAUGGUUUUUUGGAUUAA